AUGUCACCACCCCUGCGGGCCCUCCUUCUCCUGGCCCUGGAGCUGGGGCUGGCUGCCACCCUCAACCCCAAGGACCCCAAUACCUGCAGCUUCUGGGAAAGUUUCACCACCACGACCAAGGAGUCGCACUCCCGCCCCUUCAGUCUGCUCCCCUCGGAACCCUGUGACCGGCCCUGGGAGAGCCCGCACAGCUGCCCCCGGCCCACAGUUGUCUACCGGACCGUGUACCGCCAGGUGGUGAAGACGGAACACCGGCUGCGCCUGCAGUGCUGCCGGGGCUUCUAUGAGAGCCGCGGCGCCUGUGUCCCGCUCUGUGCUCAGGAGUGUGUCCAUGGCCGCUGUGUGGCACCCAAUCGGUGCCAGUGUGUGCAAGACUGGCAGGGUGACGACUGCUCCAGUGCUUGUGCCCCAGGAGUGUGGGGGCCGAAGUGUGACCAGCCCUGCAACUGUGGCAACGGCAGCUCCUGUGACCCCAAGAGUGGGGCGUGUUCCUGUCCCUCUGGCCUGCAGCCCCCGCACUGCCUUCAGCCCUGCUCCCCUGGCCGCUAUGGCCCUGCCUGCCAGUUCAGCUGCCAGUGCCAUGGGGCACCCUGUAACCCUGAGACUGGAGCCUGCCUCUGCCCCCCAGAGAGAACUGGGCCCAGCUGCGAGAUGUCCUGUUCUCCCGGGAGUGCUGGCUUCUCCUGCCCCAGCGCUCCUCCUUGCCAAAACGGGGGAGUCUUCCAGGCCUCCCAGGAUUCCUGCAGCUGCCCACCUGGCUGGACGGGCACCAUCUGCUCCCUGCCCUGCCCCGAGGGCUUCCAUGGACCCAACUGCUCCCAGGAAUGUCGCUGUCACAACGGAGGCCUCUGCGACCGAUUCACCGGGCAGUGUCGCUGUGCUCCGGGAUACACGGGGGACCGGUGCCGCGAGGAGUGCCCCGUGGGCCGCUUCGGGCAGGACUGCGCUGAGACGUGCGACUGCGCCCCUGGCGCCCGCUGCUUCCCGGCCAACGGCGCGUGUCUGUGCGAACACGGCUUCACCGGGGACCGCUGCGCCGAGCGCCUCUGCCCCGACGGCCUCUACGGCCUCAGCUGCCAGGUGCCCUGCACUUGCGACCCGGAACACAGCCUCAGCUGCCACCCGAUGAGCGGGGAGUGCUCGUGCCUGCCGGGCUGGGCGGGCCUCCACUGCAACGAGAGCUGCCCGCAGGACACGCACGGGCCGGGCUGCCAGGAGCACUGCCUCUGCCUUCACGGCGGCGUCUGCCAGCCCGACAGCGGCCUCUGCCAGUGCGCGCCCGGCUACACGGGACCGCACUGCGCUAGCCUCUGCCCCCCUGACACCUACGGAGUCAACUGCUCCGCACGCUGUUCCUGCGAAAAUGCCAUCGCCUGCUCGCCCAUCGACGGCGCCUGCGUCUGCAAGGAAGGUUGGCAGCGUGGUAACUGCUCUGUGCCCUGCCUGCCUGGAACCUGGGGCUUCGGUUGCAAUGCCAGCUGCCAGUGUGCCCAUGAGGCAGCCUGCAGCCCCCAGACUGGAGCCUGUACCUGUACCCCUGGGUGGCAUGGGACCCACUGCCAGCUCCCCUGCCCGAAGGGGCAGUUUGGUGAAGGCUGUGCCAGUCGCUGUGACUGUGACCAUGCUGACGGCUGCGAUCCUGUUCACGGACACUGCCAGUGCCAGGCUGGGUGGACAGGUACCCGCUGCCACCAGCCCUGCCCUGAGGGCUUCUGGGGAGCCAACUGUAGCAACACCUGUACCUGCAAGAACGGGGGCACCUGCAUCCCCAAGAACGGCAAUUGCGUUUGUGCACCCGGAUUCCGAGGCCCCUCCUGCCAGAAAUCCUGUCAGCCUGGCCGCUAUGGCAAACGCUGUGUGCCCUGCAAGUGUGCCAACCAUUCCUCCUGCCACCCUUCGAAUGGGACCUGCUACUGUCUGGCUGGCUGGACCGGCCCUGACUGCUCUCAACCAUGCCCUUUGGGACACUGGGGAGUCAACUGUGCCCAGCUCUGCCAGUGUCGCCAUGGUGGGACCUGCCACCCCCAGGAUGGGAGUUGUUUCUGUCCCCCGGGCUGGACCGGACAUCUCUGCUUGGAAGGCUGUUCUCCAGGGAUGUUUGGUGCCAACUGCUCCCAACCAUGCCAGUGCGGUCCCGGAGAGAGGUGCCACCCGGAGACUGGGGCCUGUGUGUGUCCUCCAGGGCACAGUGGUGCCCCCUGCAGGAUCGGGAGCCAGGAGCCGUUCACCAUGAUGCCCACCUCUCCAGUGGCCUAUAACUCGCUCGGGGCAGUGGUUGGCAUCGCAGUGCUGGGAUCCCUGGUGGUGGCCCUGGUGGCGCUGUUCAUUGGCUACCGUCACUGGCAGAAAGGCAAGGAGCACCGGCACCUGGCCGUGGCCUACAGCAGCGGGCGACUGGACGGCUCUGAGUAUGUCAUGCCAGAUGUCCCUCCGAGCUAUAGUCACUACUACUCCAACCCCAGCUACCACACCCUGUCACAGUGCUCACCGAACCCCCCGCCCGCUAAGAAGGUUCCAGGCAGUCAGCUCUUUGCCAGCCUCCAGGCCUCUGAGCGACCAGGUGGAGCCCACGGACUUGAUAACCAUGCCACGCUACCUGCAGACUGGAAGCAUCGCCGGGAGCCCCCGCCAGGGCCUCUGGACAGAGGUAGCAGCCACCUGGACCGAAGCUACAGCUGUAGCUACAGCAACACUAAUGGCCCCGGCCCAUUCUACAGUAAAGGACCCAUCUCUGAAGAGGGGCUGGGGGCCAGCAUGGCUUCCCUGAGCAGUGAAAACCCCUAUGCCACCAUCCGGGACCUGCCCAGCCUGCUAGGGAGCCCCCGGGAGAGCAGCUACGUGGAGAUGAAAGGCCCUUCCUCAGGGUCUCCCCCCAGGCAGCUUCCUCAGCUCCCGGACAGCCAAAGACGGCGCCACCCCCAGGCACAGAGAGACAGUGGUACCUAUGAGCAGCCCAGCCCUCUGGUCCAUGACCGAGACUCUGUGGGGUCCCAGCCCCCACUGCCACCGGGCCUGCCUUCUGGACACUAUGACUCCCCCAAGAACAGCCACAUCCCUGUACACUACGACUUGCCUCCGGUUCGGCAUCCCCCCUCACCCCCAGUUCGGCGCCAGGACCGCUGA